ACAAUUGACCCAAGUCGGAAGCACCACGAGAUUGCAAAUGGUCUGAUUCAAUGUCUGAUUGUGUCAUGUGCAACACUGACCUCAAUAGCACUGCUCCCAAAGACGCGACAAUUUCUUUCAAAUUUGCAAUCGAACCUCAGGGAUACAGCAACUCUGCCUGUAGCUGACCCAAGGAUCCCCGCAACGACCCCUAUCUUUUCCCCAACGGCUGCUCCGCCAAACGGAACUCAUGAAUGGGAAAACACUGUUUCAGCCUUUGAGGUGUUUGCCGCUAUUCCGCCGACAAAUGAUCUCGGACACAUGCCGGUCAUUAAUUCAGAGGCCUCAUCCUCUACCUUGGGUUCAUCUGGAUAUGUCAGAACCGUCGACGAAGCCACCUUCUUGCAUGUUAGUUCCCUCCCGUAUUCCGCCCACAUCCCCAAUCCUGAAGCAACCAUUCCACUGGAUGGUGCCAUUUGCUCUGACUUGGUGCCCCAGCCAACAACUCUCAACCACGAGACGGUAUCUUAUGGCGAGAAUUGGAAUCUUCCUCAGAUGUCAGACAACUCACAUGUCGCUGUCAAUUAUGGAGGCGCUGGACUUUCUACAGCGCCCUACCCACAAUUAGAUGCCUCUCUACAUGAGACUCGUGCCGGAACUUUGGGCAAUGGUGCGAAUUGGGACGAGGAUGCCGUGGACUGGCUUAGAGGACUGGCUUGGAGUAUGGGAUAUCACCUCGUCCCUCGCCGCGCUGUCAUUUCCAGUGGUGGGGCCCUAGUGUAGGAGUUCCGUUUCAUGGCUUUUUUUUUUUGGGCUGUUUGGAGAUUCUAUGCCACAUGGAAUCUUUGAGUGCUUGUACAAUAAAAUUUGGUGAUCUUGUGUUCCUUCAUGACUUGCGCUUAAUACAUGCGAUUCAUUAUUUGGUCUUAUGGUGAUCGAACACCUGUCGAUCGCACCGAAGCGCUGUUAACUUAAUUCAG